AAUUUUCUGGUUAUGGUGCUUGAGAGCCCUCCACUCCCCAGAUAUCCUCAAAACUAUAAUGCUGAAUUCUACCGCAGUCAGCAAUGGCGGAUCCUCGAUAUGUUGUUCCUUAUCAUGACCCACACGAUAGCCCCAUUAACUACGAAAUACUCAAUUUUCUCAGAGAUGCAAAUCCAACUCUUGAAAAUUUACCCUCCACUGAUGAACCCACUUCACUUCAUGUAUCCAGCGAUGAUAUUGUGAAUCCCAAUCUCUCUUUGGAAGAUCCAAUGAUUUGGGAUAUUGUUAACCAGCCUAACAGCGGGGGACAAUCUCAAGGAGAGGGUCCGUCGCUGAAUCGCGAAAGAAGGGCGACGGAGAAUUUGGAACAGCGGUAUUUAGAUGAUGGUAAGCCUAUUUCCGUUUGGCCACCACCAGCAAUGCCGUUUCAGUGCACUUGUUGUCAAGUUCUUAGAGAAAUAAUCCAUACUGACGGCAACUGCACUACAAAACUAGAAAUUCAUGGGAGAUUGGGUAUAAUUUGCCAUGCUGUCCUUGAGAUUAAGGACCAAGUCAUGUAUGGUUCUUCAGAACCUCGAUACCAUAUGUUUGAUUUUUGCAAGAAAAGCAUAGACAGCGUGAAGCAAUUCCUGCAGCAGUAUUGUAAUGAUCAAACUAAGGCUGGAUACAUAAUGGUGCAAGAUCCACUUUCAGUCUUCUAUGAAGCGCUGUGUGUGGGAAUGGAGUGGGAUGAAAAUCUGCAAAAUGAUUCAUCUCCAGUAUAUUCAGAGGCGCAGCAAGCAGAUCAAACGGAAGGAGGGAAUGAGGCAGAGAGAGGUUCAAGAAGCACUUUAGCCCAACAGAGGGAAAGGACAGGGAGGUUGACACUGAAAGACUUUGAAGCAUAUUUCCAUCUCCCUAUUGAAGAGGCUGCAAAAAUAAUGAAUUUGUGUCCCACCGUUGUGAAGAAGAUCUGCCGGAGAUAUGGAAUGACUCGGUGGCCUCAUAGAAAGAUUAAAAGCAUCCAGAGGCAGAUUUCAAAUCUUAGAGCAAAUUCCAACUGGAAUGAUCCAGGGGAACGGGCACGGGCACAAGCUGAGAUCCAGCGGCUUGAAGUAGAAAUAUCCAAUAUUUGUUCUGGAGUCACAAAUUGAUUUUUCUCCUGAAUGUAAUUUCAGACCAAUUACAUUACAGGAUUUGGCUAGAUAACUAGGAUGUUAAUCAGGA